UCCUAGCCGUAGAAUACAUACCGCCGCGAGCGAGAGCAGUGCGAUUAGAGGCAAGUGAUCAGUGAAAAUAAUCUUUGAAAAAAAAAUAACAGACUUUUUUCUCCAAUUUGAAAGUUUAACUGAUUCAAAAAAAAACUUGCAAAACUUAAAUUGCAAUUCGGCCGUUUAGAAAGCGAAAUUAUUUCGAAAUUAACUGACGUGACACAAUUAAGUGAAAGUAUAAGGGAUAUUUAAAUUAAUAACGGACAGUGUUCCAGUGUGCAGUGAUUCAGUGAUUUGAAUGCAUUAGAAGAGCAGCAGAGUAACAAAUAUAAAAUUCCGUCAGUUGAGCAUACACAAAGAAACAAAACCAAGACAAACAACAAUAAACGAGCAAAUUGAAUUGUUGGAAAAAUUCGGCGCCAUUUAGGGGAAGCCAACGACGAUAGUCCACCAGUGGGAGCAGCGGCAGCAGCAAACGCUGGCAACAAAUAAAAGGCAAGCGCUGAAAUAACGUCGAUACGCACCAGCACCAGUACCAACUCAAAUAAAAGUGAAAUUUUUGCCACACGCCACCCAAUAAAAUAACCGGAAACACAAUGGUAACAGCACAAUUGGCAAUUCGACGCAACAGCAGCCAUAGCAGCAGCAACACCAACUCCAACAACAGACACAAAAUCAACAACAAGAAACAGAGUGGAACUAUGUGCAGCGGCAGUGGCAGCAGCAGCAGCCGCAGCAGCACUCAAGUGAAAUGUCGCCGCAAUGGCGUCGCCUCAGCGCCAUCACUCAGUCUGGGCCUUUGGCUAUUGCCGGUGUUGUUGGUGUUGCUGGCGUGGCAGCAGCAGCCAUGUGAGGGACGUUAUCUGCCGACAAGGUCACAUGGCGACGAUUUGGAUAAAUUGCGAGAGUUAAUGUUGCAGAUUCUGGAGUCCAGCAAUGAGGAGCAACGCCCACCCAAUGAGCCCAAUGGCAAUUCACUUGCACAGCGUGCUUCCUGGUUGAAUAAGUUGAAUGGCGUUGAUGGGAUGGAUACGCCUCGAAAGUAUGGCCCACGCGGUGCCUAUGACAAUGGACGCUACUAUUAAAUUAAAGCAGAUCAGUUAUAUUAAAAAAAAAUGGCAGAACGAGAGGAGUGAAUGAGAGGAACUUAUUGGUUAGUUAUGGAAAGCUUAGAAGAGAAAUGAAGCGCAAACAAAAGAUAACGUAAAAUAAAGUAGGCAGUGCUCUUAAGCGAACUGAAGUAAUUGUCUGUGGAGUAAUGAAAAUAGCAUCGUCAUGAAAGUUACUCAGUAAUAGUUAUCCGGAGCGACAUCUACAAACCGAGAAUAUAGGCUUUUCAUUUAUUUAGUUAAACGAAAAACAUCUUCUCCGAAAAACUAAAAAGUGGCGUUUUGCUUUAAAACCUUUCACAUACGUAUGAAGUUCAAUGAGAACGAGCUUUUGCUUAUAUCUAUAGAAAAAUGUCAAAAACAGAAGCACCUUACAAACUUAUUGUUUUGUUAAUUUUUAGCAAAGUUUUUAAUGGUCCAACUUUUGUGGAUACAUUAGAGGAAUGACCUCUACAACCUAUCUUGUAAAUGUUUUUUAAUAUCAUCUUCUGUAAUGAGCUUCGUUAAGCUUUCGAAAGCCUGAACUGAGAGAACUUCUAUGUUGUGUCGUCUUAUUUUAAAAAAGCUUAGAAAAACUUGGCACAUAUUUUUAACUCUCUAUGCUUUUAUUGUGUGACGCAAGAACUGAAGCCCAUCACUUCUCUAACUAUUAAACCAAGUUUUUGUUUAUCUGUAGAUUCUCACUCUUAAGAGUCUUUGCUUACAGCAGCGAUGGGCAGGGAGAGCUUUUACUCUGCCUGCGUCUAUACCGGCGAUGAGCACUGAGUAAAAGCUCUCGCUGCCCAUCGCUGGUCUAUACACAAUACAUAGAAAGCUUAAAAGAGCUUUGCCUGUAAUGAUGGCCAGAGAAAGCUUUCACUCUUUGUACGUACGUAUAUAAAUAUAAAACAGUGACCGAGACCGAGAGGAAAGCUUUUCUCGCGAAUUUAAUCUAAGUUAAAGACCUAACUCCUACAUUUUUCUUUACUUUAUAAGUUUUUCCAAUAAACGGGUCAUUAAUAUAUGAAUUUCAUCUUAAAUCUGCAAGCUCGGGUAAUAUAUAGAACAUUAG